UUGACAUAUUGUCAAAUUGUUGUCUUUUGUCAUUGUCUUCCUAUUUAUUUAACUUAAAAGCUCGUAUUACAAAAAAAAAAACCUAGCAUUGCUUGCUGAGAACAUUUUUUCUUGUUAUUUGUGAUUUUUAUCUCAUUAAGAUUAUAGAAAAUUCUAAAACUAUUUAUUGAGCAGGAACGAUUUCUUUUCUAUGUUAUCCAUCUAUGUGUUUACAUCUGCAAUGUCAUCGAAAGUACAGCAUUUUAAUCAAGUGGUUGAUAUUCAUCAAAAUCAACAAACCCUAAAUCCAUUCUCUUCACAAUGUAAUAAUGCAGGUCGCAGAUCGCCCAGACUUGAAUUGAGUGCUAGUGAGUACGGUAAACCCAAAACUGGCAGCCUUACUGAGUUAAGGGGCUUCAAGGCUAACAUUCAGGUGUUUAAAGAUAUAUUAGAACUGUGUGAGUUAAUAUCUUCAGAAGGAAAACCCUACAAUAAAGAAGGUUUAAAAAUGAUGUUUUUCGGUGAAUUGUUUCAGAUUUAUACUAAAAUAAAUGACAAAGUGGUGGGGAUUCUAAUCCGAGGUAGACGACACAACUAUUUAAAGUUUGAAGGAGAAAUGCUGUAUCAACGAAAAGAUGAUAUGGUACCAAUUUAUUUAAUUAAAUCAAUUAGCGAUAUAAGAAGUAGUAUUCAGGAUAAACAAACGGAAAUUCAGAAACAAAUAAAAGAAAGUGGAGGUACAAAUAGAUUAUUAUAAAUGGAACGCAAAGCAAAUUAGCCAUACAUUAUGUAUCAAUUAAAGAAAAUAAUUAGGUAUUUAUUAUUUAUGUUUUAGUUUAAACGGCUUUGAAAUACUUGAAAUUAGACGUUUCCUUAUCGUAAUUUUCAAACAAUUACCUGUUUAUUACUUCUUUUAUAUUACUUAAUAUUUCGAUUAUUUAAUAUGUAAUUGUACAUAAUGUAUGUGUUUAAGAAUCGAUUUUCUUUAGGGCAGAGUUAAAACUAUGAAUUCAUAUAUUAAGAUUUAUUUAUAAUAUUUAGAAUGGCUCAAUAUUGAAUUACGGAUAAUGCACUAAAUUUAAGAUCUUUCUUCUGUAAAUACGCUCUAUAAUGAUGCAAAUAAAUAGGUAUUAC